GACUUCCGGUCGGCGCCAGCGUUUAAUGGCGGUCCUCGCUUCGAGCUCCGGAGGAGGACUGCUCCGCGAGUUUGGGUCUGACCCGCUACGGCGAGCGGGGGACCCCUAAAAUCACAGGCGCUGAAGCCUGUGAACAAGGAGACUCGGUGGGCACCUUUUGCGCCCCCCCGGUACUGUGAAAGAGCCUUUUUAAAGGCUACGGAGCGGCAUCGGGGGUGAGCGCGGUGCUGAGAGUCGCAACCCAGCCCGUGGAGUGAAGCCGCGUCGCCAUGAACGGAGAGCGCCGAUUUCUUCCUGAACCAGAAAUUCGACUGUAAACCCCGUGAGUAAGACGGAGGGACUGAACGGGACAUUUAAAUUUAAAUCCUGAAAUUUGGCUGAAAACGGGAAAGGCAUAAAUUAAGGAAGUCUGCCUCCCCGAUCUGCAUGGCAAUUAAAGCAACGAAAGAGUAAAGCUGCAUUUGAAAGAAAAUUAUCUUUGAGCUGUCAAACCUGACAUUUGACUUAAACUUCCCCCCAGUAAGCAGGAGAAGGGGGGAAGAAAACUGGACACUGUUAAUCUGCCUGAAAUUAACUGAGGAAAAAACAUCUUCCACUGCCAAAUCCCCAGGACGGACUGCCUGAGUAAGGCACCGGGAAAGUGAACUGUCAGUUUAGACUGGAUACAAAGUUGGGGUUUUGUCUGAGACAAAGUUACGGGACUUUAAUGGAAUUACUUUGUUGAACUUGUGACUAUACUGAAAAAGUGCGACAGAAACUUUUACUGUGGACUCUUGGAUUUCUUGUUGAUUGCUCUAUGUUUCCUUGUUCUUUCUCUUUUCACUUGGAUACAAUUAAAUGCUCCCUCUAGAGGGUAUAAAGAGAAACUGUUACAGUGAAAAAGAAACAGUGGGAUUUUCCACUUGCAAGUCUUUCCUGUGAGAACGACCUUGAGGAUAUGAGUGGUCCAGCAGAAGAGAUAACAACUAGAUCCAAAGCAAAACAGACACAAAAGAAAAGGGGCUCAAUACCUGGCAUACCACCAGCUGCACAGGAAAAAGUGGCAACAGCAUCUAUGGAUUCAAUGACACAGGCACUGCUCAAAAUAAACCAAUCUUUAGAAGCACUGACAAAGCUAUCUACGGAAAAUUCAAAAAAUUGACAGAACUGACAGCAAGAUUGGACUUGAAUACUGCAAGUGUAACAUCUAAUACAGAAUCUAUUAAUAAAUUAAUUCAAGAAAGUUCUGAAACACGAAAGAUUGCUGAAAGUGCAAAAAUACUGCAGAGGAGACAAGGGAGGAGCUUGUGCCGAUUACAAAAAAAGUGAAUGAACAUGAUGCAGCCCUAUCUUUGCUGGAAUUACAGAGAAAAGAGAGAAAUUUGAAAUUGAGAUUGGUUCCCGAGAGUGAGGGAGACAGCCUUGUGGACUUCCUUACACAGAACUUUACGGAAUUUUGGCAAGAGGAGCUGCAGGAAGAAGAAUUUGAAAUAACAACAGCUUUCCGGCUGGGCAGGAGGCAAGGUAAGAAGCCAAGGGAUUGUUUGAUCACAUUGAGAUCCAAAGGAGAAAGAGAUAAAAUAUUGAACUUGCAUUACCAAAAGGCAUUGGAGAUUGAAAAUAGUCAAGUACAAAUUUUUAAAGAUAUCCCUAAAUAUAUUUUGGAGGUGAGAGCCUUCUAUAAAGAUUUGGUCUACCUGCUGAAGAAAAAUAUCAUACCCUUCAGGUGGGAGUUUCCACAAGGAUUGUCUUUUAACUUCAAAGGAAGGAAGGUCAAAAUAAGAACAGUUCAAGAUAAAGAACAGUUUUUGGAGAGAUAUCAGGAGGACUUGCAGAAAGGAACAGUAGAAACAACAAUACAAGAAAAAGGAGUGACAGACAUUGCAAACUUGUCAUUUGGACUCAUACCACCAUCUGAAGAUGAACAAAAGCUAGGAGCAGUCGGAGGAACAGGUACUUAAUAACAAAAUGUCUCUGCAACUUCUUAGCUGGAAUUGUAAUGGUUUGAACCUUCCCCGAAAAAGACGCCAAGUUUUUCAUAUUUUGAAAAGAGAACAAUUAGACCUAAUAUGUCUACAAGAGACCCAUGUGACCAGGACACAUAGGAAAUUAUUGGUAAACAAGAGACUUGGACAGGAAUUUAUUUCAUCAGACAAAGUUAAGAAAAGAGGCGUGGUGAUUUAUGCAAAAGAAAAAUUGGCUCCAAAGAUGAUAUUUAAAGAUGAACAAGGAAGAUACCUGGCAAUUGAAAUACAAGUUCAAGGAGAAAAAAUCUUGAUAGUCGGAAUUUAUGCACCAAAUGACGGGAAGGCGGAAUUCUUUAAGAAGUUGCAUGAGACUUUAAUGGACUAUCUAGACUAUAGAGUAGUAAUGAUGGGAGACAUGAAUGGUGUAGUUUCCACAAAUAUGGACAAAGCACAGAGACAAGUAAUUUCCAAGGAAGGGAGACUACCAAAGACUUUUUUUGAAAUGACUGAAACUAUGGACUUGAUUGACAUUUGGAGAACAAGGAACCCUCUUGAGAGAGAGGGAACUUUUUUCUCUGAAGCAAAAAUGACAUGGACAAGAAUUGACCAAAUUUGGGUAACUAGCAGUAUGGCGCCAAGGAUCAAAAAGGUAGAAAUCUGCUCAAAGACUUGCUCCGACCAUAAUGCUGUAAAGAUGGAGAUGAAACUAACAUCAACUGGAUCCUUUAGAUGGAGAAUGAAUGACACCCUAUUUAGAGAUGAAGAGAUUUAUAAGAAGGCCCAAAAAACACUGAAAGAUUACUUUGAGAUAAAUUUGAGAACAGAAGUGGAAAAAGAAUAAUCUGGGACGCAAGUAAGGCCGUGAUGCGAGGUUUCCUAAUACAACAGAACUCCAUAAAGAGGAAAAAUCAAAAUGAAAGGAAAGAAAAA